AUGGCUGGCUUAAGGAAUUUAAAUACAAGUUUAUAUUUUGUAGAUACAUGUAUUUCCGAUUCGAAUUUAAUCCCUGAAUUAGUUAAAUCUGGUUGUAAAAUCGAUAUUGAAACUGAUGAUGAUGAUCAUACUGAUGGUACUGCUGUCAGUGAUUCAGAUUAUUAUAGUCGACUUAAUAUCCCUGGCAGUCGUCAAAGGAGAAUUAGUACAAAGUCAAAAGGUGGUGUUAGUCGAAGAGGCAGUUUUCUGUCACCUAAUUCGUAUGAUGAAAAUGAUCUAUCAACACCUCAUACUUUUGAAUCACCUAUGGAUAAUGAAUCACUUUGGCCUGAAUUACCACCUACUCGUCAACGUAAACCGUCACAUACAGCUUUUAUUGGAUCAUUGGAAAUAGCUGAAGCUACAAAAGAAGGUAAUUUAAAGUUUUCUCCUUCACUGCACUCUUUAACACCUGAUCAACGGAGUCCACAUUUACAUCCUGAUACAUUAAUUACUUCAGUAGGAUCAUCAUUUCACCGUUUAGGAUCUAAAAUUAAGAAAUUGUCAUUCAGUCGAUCAAAUACUCCAGUUAUUCACGAAUUAAAUAAUCUUAAUACAGAAAUUCUAAGUUCAGAUCGUUCAGAUAGUGUUGUAUCAAGUGAAGAUAAAUUUAAUUCUAAAGAUGCUUAA